CACGCCCUCCACAAGUACUGAGCAAGCAUCUCCCUUUAAGACAUCUUCAUCUACACCAAGUGCUGAAAGCUAUGGAAAUAAUUGAAGCGAACAACGUCUUCCCCGGUUGGAGCACAUAUGUAGCGAAGGCGGCACCAUUGUUGGCCGUUCUUCUGAUCAUUGUCAUUGUGGGCCUCCGUACUGGUAAGACUCGUUCCUCUGGAGAUGGCCCGCAAGAACCUCCGGUCAUCUCAUCAACACUGCCAUGGAUCGGGCACUUGCUAGGAAUGACCUGGUACGGACCGUCGUACUACCAGCAAGUGAAUACCCAAAACUAUCCCAUGUACACUCUACCAACGCUGAACAGUCGAACAUACAUCGUUACAUCGCCAAGUCUCGUUGCAGCAGUGCAGCGCAACACCAAGACAUUAUCUUUCUACUCGGUUAUCGUCGAGGUUACUCGGCGAAUGUGUGCCUUUGACAAGGAUGCCACGAAGAUCAUCUUCCACAAUAUGAACCAGGAGCAUGGGCGGGACGGGUCAUUGAUGGCCGUCGUGCACGACAUGAUGAACGCUCACCUCUCACCAGGUCCAGGACUAGACGAGAUUACUUCAGUACAGCUGCAGCAGAUGUCAAUUGUACUCAAUGACAUGGCGAUGGAGGGUGCUCAGACGAUCAACCUCUACGCAUGGAUGAAGCACGUCCUGUCCGUUUGCAACGGCUAUGCCGUGUACGGACCCGACAACAUCUUCGCUACGGAUCCUUCUCUCGAACGCGAUUUCUGGACGUUCGAGGAAGGCAUGCUGGGUCUUGUUAUCGACUUUCUCCCGUCUAUCACAGCGCGCAAAGCCCACCUCGCCCGCAUGAGGGUGCUCAAGGCUCUGAUACGCUACGUCAGGGAGCAGCGAUACCGCAAGGCGUCACCGCUCAUCAGAGAGCGUAUUGCCAUCAACCAGUCCUUCGGCCUGUCUACAGAGAUGAUCGGACAUGGAGAGCUGGUCUUACUGUUCGGCAUCUUGGGCAACGCUGUGCCGUCAAUGUUCUGGAUGAUCGCACACAUCUUCUCCCGGCCGCAGCUGUUACAGGAGCUCAGACAUGAGAUAGAAAGUCGGCUUGAUCUGACCUCGCAAGUUCCGGUAGGCGGGACACAGGAGGAAACCCGAACGGUGAUACUCUCCGCCGCUCAGGUCAAGGCAUGCCCGCUCCUGUAUUCGUGCUACCGCGAAACAUUGCGCGACAUCUCCAACGCGAGCUCGCCCCGACUGGUGUUAGAAGACACUUUGCUGGCAGACAAGUACGUACUGCGCAAGAACUCUAUCGUCCAGAUACAAGGCGGCGUUCUCCAUCAAGAUCGCACGCUCUGGGGCGAGGACGCAGCAGACUUCAACCCACAGCGCUUCGUAACCCCAGCCAGCGGCGAUUUCGAUUCCACUCAGAGAACAUAUGCGACGCUGCCGAAAGGCGUUCCGCCGACGGCGUUUCGGGCAUUCGGUGGUGGCAGCACACUCUGUCCAGGGCGCCAUCUGGCGCAAGCAGAGAUUAUGACCUUCGUUGCUGCUCUCAUUCUCGGAUUUGAUAUCGAGUCAGUGGACGACGACUCCUUGAAGCUUCCAAUGAAGGACGAAACGAGCACGAGGUUAGCGAUGAUGAUGCCAACCAGCAAUGUGGAAGCGAGGAUCAGUCGGAGGAAAGGAUGGGAGAAGGUUUGCUUUGAGAUGACAUUAUGAACGCAGCAGGCUCCUUUGGCAUUACGAGUCCGAAAGGGACUAUCUGCAAAGGCCUCGGGCCUGUAUCAGAUGUGAUUCUAAUGUAGGCGUUGGAGCCAUCGAAGGUGUAGUCGAGACGAUGUUGGGCGAAGCUUGGGUUGAAGCUUGACACCAUGACGCUGCACGGUUCGUUAGCGUGCCUAAGCGCUGGAAACUUCACCUCCAGAGUGUAAUGGUGUCGUAUUGACCUACGGCAUUCAGUCGCGCUGGAAAACGGGUC